UGUGAUUAUCAAGUCAACAGUCUGACCAACUUGGUUGGGAUUGUCACCAAAUUCUUUGGAUUUUUGUGAGUAUAUGUGGUUGCUGAACAAGCAGUAGCUGCAGCAUCAUUUUGGGCAGAAGGAAUAUGAACUUGGUUAGCAACUAUACUAAAUAGUGACAAUUAGGAUAAUGGUUUGCACACAUUUGAAAGAUUCUGCCAAUCUUAAGUCCCUUGUUGGAGGGUCUGAAAAAGCUAAUUUGUUCUUUCUAUUAUAGCUACCUAAGCAAGACAUUUGUAACUGAAAGGAUAAACUACCUGGACUUUUUGUAGCCUUUUCCUGCUAUUUAGUACGGGGGCUGAGAUUGCAAUGUCAAAGAUCGUAGCAAGAUUUUACUGUUUCUGAAAUCUACAAUACUACGAUUUGAGGGGUGAAAAAGCUUCUGGCUUUCUUGAGGUCAAGAUGUUUACCAGAGGUGAUUUUGAUCUAAAUUUAGUGCUGAGAUAUGAUCCGUUACCGAAAGAAGUUUUGAAGCAGGCAAUGCUCAAGCAGGAACAUAUAUUCAAGAAACAGGUAAGCACAAGGUUAUCUGUGAACAGUCUACAAGAGCGCAGAGUUUUCUUCGAGCAAAGGGUUUUGGUUCCUCAAUUUUGUUCCAAUCAGCAUUUUAACCACAUUAAUCGGGAUAAUUUAGUUAAAGAAAAUAGUUCCCUUUGUCCACAAAAGCCAAUAAAGAUAAAACACAGUUUCCAUGGUCAAGUGACACCUUCAGAGGAAGUUGAUCUCUCAUUAAGCAUUGGUUGGAACAAGCAAAGGAAGGAAGCCUGCAAGAAGACCUUGGAUGAUAUUAUUGAUUUGGAGGACUCGGAUGACGAAACAGUGUUGCGUGGAGAAGUAAAUAACGUAUCUACAUUUGGCUAUGCUGCUCAUGUUGGGUAUUCGGGAGGCAAUUAUGAUUCAGGUUCUACUCAUAGCAUCACACAUGGCCCCGAUAAAAAUCAAUUUGAAGGGACAGAUAGAAGUCACUCGACUGUUGAUUGCAGCAGAGGUUUGCUCGAGCAAAGCUCUUCGAGUAAAGGAGUUACGCAACGCUGCAAUGUCGUUAUCUCUGAAGAUACACCAUCCAACAUAAAACAUUUUUCUUCUGAUGAACGAGCUCUUCUAGACCUUAACCGACAUCCUAAUGAAUUAUCAUUUCACCCAACUGACCUCAGCUCUGUCAGUUCAUCAACCGGGGCUUUCUUGAGGAAUUCCCGUGGAAUGGUUGGUGAGUCCCAUGAUAAUGACACCUCACACAAUGCUCCCAACAGGAGAGAUCAAGCCGAUGAUGAUGAUUGCAAUAACGAGACUCCUGACUUACUAAAACACAGUGCUGCUAAUUGUGUCGUGGGGGCUUGCAGCAAUGACAAUAAUUGCAUAACAUCCGGAUCUACAAACCUCGACUCAUCUGUUGUGGCAGCGUUGGACAGCUCUGGAAGUCAUGACGGGCAUACUAGUAAAGUGGAACCUGAAGGAAAGAACAUAACAUUGGAAUUCCAAAAUGGUUCUAAGCAUGCUGAGGAUACAAGAUUUUCAGAUGAAUGCAAAACUCGAGAUACACCCUUAGACAUGGAAGUUGAUCGAUCUCCCAUCUUAUGCAAAUCCAAUUAUGCAGCAGACGACAUGUUAAGCAGAACAGUAACCAAGGAAUCUGGGAUUCAUUUGGCAAAGUCAAAUACCCCAGUAGAUAAUGCUGGUUUGUCACAAGCAGCAAAAUCUCCACGCCAUGAGGAUGCUGAAUCUUUUGGUAACAACGAUUCAAAUUUCCAAGCCGGGGAUGAUCAGAAGGGUAAAGCAGCAGAAGUUGACAACGAUGUCCAAAAGGGAGCCGUGUCUCUACUGUUUUUCAAGUUGGAAAGCACGAGAGACCGAAGCUCUAAGUCCAGCAAAACUAGGCAGCAAGAAAAUGAGAGCAAUGAGCAGCAGCCUCAGUAUUCGUGUGACACUUUCGAGUCGAUGGUGCUGAAGCUGCAGCCCGAAUGCAAUGUAGACGACGACUCUUGUGUGUCCUCGAAGCCCUUUGAAGUGAAGAACACGAACAAUAAUAAGGAUUGUGGAAUCGCGCUGAGAAGGGGGAGACGAAUGAAAGAUUUCCGGAGGGACAUUCUUCCUAACUUGGCAUCUCUUUCAAGACAUGAGAUUUCUGAGGACAUCAAAAUUAUGGAGACAGUACUAAGAUCAAGAGAAUACAAGAAAAUCAUGUCCAGAAUGAAAGGUGGUGAGCCGAAAUGCUUCACACCUGUGAGAAGCAGGAGGUCUAGACUCAACUAUUCUGUCCAAAAACACCAUUCAUGAUUUGUUCAUCACAAGUAGGAAAGGAUAUAUGACAUUCUGUUUUUUUUUUUUUUUUUAGGAACUAUCUAUCUGGGAUUAUUAACAUAUUUAUGUUGUAAACAGAUUUGACAGAAUUAGGUAGUUUGACAUGAAAUUUGAUUUGUUUUUCUUUUGGAUUACAUUUUGUUUUUGAUACUAAAAUCACUUCUAGA